AUGACCCAGGUCUACUUGUGGCUAGUGGCAGGAGUGAUGCUCAGCUCCAUCCCUGCUUGUUCUCUUGACAACUGGAGAAUCUUAGAUCUUUUGAGACAGCUGGAACGUAUCCCCACUCAGUUUUGCCUGAAUGACAGAAUCGACUUCCAAUGUCCUUGGCAAAGGGGGAAUGUCACCCAAACGCAGAAACCACAACGCACCUGUGUGCAGCAUGUGGUGCUCCAGCAGAUCUUCAGCCUCUUCCUAACGCCAGAUAGCCGUGCUGCGUGGAACCAGACCCUCCUCUCUCAACUACUCUCUCACCUUGCUCACAGCCUGGAACGCCUGCAGCUGGCGGAAGAAGAAAAUCUGACUUGUCCCCAUUUGGGAAUUCUUAUCCGGAAAUACUUCCAAGGAAUCCGCAGCUACCUGAAAGGAAAGAAAUACAGCUGUAACUGGGAGGUAUUAAGGUUGGAGAAGUUAAUCAGGAUGUGUGUGUGA